CGACGGUGUCACGUGGAAGUUCGAUCCACCUUCCGCCCCAAACUUCGGCGGCAAGUGGGAAGCAAGAGUGAAAUCUAUCAAGUUUCACCUUCGUCGAGUUAUCGGUGAGACCUUGCUCACCUACGAAGAGAUGACAACGCUCUUGGCUCAAAUCGAAGCGAUCCUCAAUUCUCGCCCCCUAACGGAUCUUUCGGAUGAUUCAUCAGACGUCUCCGCACUUACGCCAGGAAAUUUCCUCGUGGGCUCAGCUCUCACUGCCGUGCCUGAACCGUCUCUAAAAGAUCUUCCAGAAAACCGACUAGCACGAUG